CGCCUUUGCUGAUGUGGCAUUCCCUUCCUUUCUUUAUUUACCAACUAUGACUUCCAUUUUCCAAGUCCUCUUCUUUUCUUCUUCUUCUUCCUCUUCCUCGAUCCUUUACACACCAAUUUCAGCAACUACAAAUUCAGGACCAACUGCGAGAGAAUGUCGGAUUUGAAAGACUCUGCAAUAAAGCUCUUUGGCAAGACGAUUCCGUUGCCGCUUGUCCACCGCUUAGACUUGUCUUCUGCUAAUGAGUCUUCUUCAACAGCGGGUCCUGCCUCUGAGGACUUCCCGGAUGAGAAUACUGCUUCUUCACUUGAAAAUAUUUCUGGGAGGGAAGAAGGAGCCCAGGAAAUCAACAGGGUCAGAGAAUUCGCAGGAAAAGAAACCAGCGAUGAUGAACAAGAAAAUAGUACCUCAAAUCAUGUAACCGAGGACUCAAAAGAUCCAACAAUGUUAUCAGACGUUAAUGAGAAACCCAAGACUUCCUCAGAAAAUUCACCCCAGAAAAGCUCUAAGAAUGGAGAACAAUGCGACACGACUAUCUCACAAGAAAAGACUCUGAAGAAGCCUGAUAAAAUACUUCCAUGCCCUCGAUGUAAUAGCAUGGAUACCAAGUUCUGUUACUACAACAACUACAAUGUCAACCAGCCUCGCCAUUUCUGCAAGAACUGUCAGAGAUACUGGACUGCUGGAGGAACUAUGAGGAAUGUGCCUGUUGGCGCUGGUCGGCGCAAGAACAAGAGCUCUUGUGGCUCGCAUUACCGUCAUAUAAUGGUAUCAGAAGCCCUACGAACUGCUCAAGUUCAUGCAGUGAAUGGGUUUCACAACCCCACUUUAAGAAAUAGCGGUACUGUUCUUUCCUUUGGCUCAGAUUCUCCUCUUUGCGAAUCUGUGGCUUCUGUACUGAACCUUUCGGAGAAAACACAGAACAACAUUAGAAAUGGGUAUCACAGGCCUGAACAAAGAAUUCUAAUUUCUUCCGGUGGAGCCUGUGAUAACGGGGAUGAUAGAUUAAGUGGGUCUUCUGUCACAGCUUCGAAUUCAUCCGACAAGGGAGGAAACUGUGGUCCACAAGAAGCAAUAACUAAAAAUUAUCAACUACAAUGCUUUGCAGUGCCACCUUGGUCUUAUCCAUGGAGCUCUUCAAUGGCUCCUACUGCUUUUUAUCCUUCUGGAUUUCCAGUAUCAUUUUAUCCAGCACCACCCCACUGGGGUUGUAGCGUUCCAAGCCCCUGGAAUGGGCCACCAUGUCUCUCCGUGCAACUGCCGUCUCUGACUCACUGCGCCGCAAGCUCGAGUCCUACUUCUCCAUUAGGGAAACAUUCAAGGGAAGGUAAAAUCCUAAACCCUGCACAUUUAGAGUCAGAAGAUCCCUCAAGAGAGAGCAACUGCUCAGAAAUAAGUGUUUUGAUUCCAAAAACUUUGAGAAUUGAUGAUCCUAGUGAAGCUGCAAGAAGCUCUAUAUGGACAACUCUUGGGAUCAAGAGUAGUGAUAAAUCCAAUGUGAAUGGAGGUGGACUGUUUAAGGGCUUUCAAUCUAAAAAUGAAGACAAUAACUACGUAGCUGAAACAUCUCCACUGUUGCAUGCUAACCCUGCCGCGUUGUCAAGGUCUCUCAACUUCCAAGAGAGAACCUAAAAUGGGGCAAUCGAGUUGUAUAUUGGCAAUGAGGUGGAGUGGAAUUUAAAUCAGUUCAUCUUUCUCACAUCUGACAGAAUUUGUGCCCCGAGAAUGCCCUGAUAUUGGCAUCCGUAAUGCUGAUUGCUGGAAUCAGCGAGAAAGUUUCCAAUGUAGAGGAGAAAAAAAAAACACAAGAAGUGGUAUCCUAGCUAUUUUACCUUGUACCAGAGCAAAGCCACCUCUCCCAAGCUCCUAUGGCUGCCUUUCAAUCUUCUCUGCAAAUUAUGAACAGCAGGUGUUUUUAUGGACAUAUUUUAUAUAUAUAUUGAGACAUAUAUGUAACUUGAAACAACAGAGAUCUUUGGAUUUCAUGGAUUCAUAUGUUGCAGAAUAAAUUGAUAAAUCUUCCUCGUCAA